UUGUCCGUUAACGAGGACGAGAGAGCUAGUAGUACCGCGACUGCUGCUGGCUGCUGCUCACUGCCACUCUGCUCCCUCCCUCGCUCGCUCGCUCAUGGCUCUUCAGCUCUCCUCUCUCUCGGCUUCCUCCCUCCGUUCCCAGAACUCUGUGCCCUGCUUUUCGUGCUCCGGCUCGAGUUCGGGCUCCACCUCCAGCUCCAGCUCGAGAUGGUGCUUGUCGGGGUCCAAGAACGUGAACUUGCAAGCCAGUGGCGGCGUCGGUCGUGGUAGAAGUGGGGUGGCGGCGAAGUGUGGCGUGGACACGACGGGGGUCUACACGGUGGGGAAGGUGACGGAGGUGGACAAGGACACCUUCUGGCCCAUCGUCAACUCUGCCCCCGACAAGACGGUCGUUCUUGACAUGUACACCCAAUGGUGUGGUCCUUGCAAAGUCAUGGCUCCAAAGUUUCAAGAGCUAGCCGAGAAGUAUCUUGAUGUUGUUUUUCUGAAGCUCGACUGCAACCAAGAAAACAAGUCAUUGGCAAAGGAGCUUGGCCUAAGGGUGGUUCCCACGUUCAAAAUACUAAAGGAAGGCGCGAUUGUGAAGGAAGUGAAGGGUGCCAAAUUCGAUGAUCUUGUUCUUGCCAUCGAUACAGUCAGAUCCGGCUGAAGAAGGCCCUCUUUUAACCAUUGCAACCUGUCGACCUCAAAUCGGAUGCUGUUCAAAUAAUCUUAUCAAAAGUGAAUAUAUUGAAUCAUUCCAUGUUUGGGAUAAGGCUGAGCAUGCUAAUUAUUCCACUCUUCUCGUGGAUGUUCUUGUGAUAUUUUCUUGUGUGAUAUUUUCUUCGUUAACGGCGUUCCCAGUUCCCAAUUCCAAA